GUAUACUUUCUUCCGUAAUGGCUGGAAAUAGUGCUGCUCUAACUAAAGUACCCAAAUAUGCUGCCGGAACUCAGCCAUUCACCGUAUUAAUUGAGGGCAACAUUGGUAGUGGCAAAACUACUUUCCUAAAUCAUUUCCAACAAUUUCAAGAUAAAAUAUGUCUCAUCACGGAGCCUGUGGAGAAGUGGCGUAAUGUUCGUGGCGUUAAUUUAUUGGAAUUGAUGUACAAAGAACCCGAACGUUGGGCUAUGCCUUUUCAAUCAUACGUCACUCUCACCAUGCUGCAAAGUCAUACACAGCAAACACAAAAGCCCGUCAAACUUAUGGAACGUUCCAUUUUCAGUUCGAGAUACUGCUUUGUUGAGAACAUGUAUAGAAACAAUAUAAUUCACGAAGGAAUGUAUCAUGUUCUCCAGGAAUGGUAUAAAUUUAUUGACGAUUCAAUACAUGUUCAGGCUGAUCUCAUAGUAUAUUUACGUACCACACCAGAGGUGGUCUAUGAACGUAUGCGCAAACGGGCACGUUCCGAAGAAAGUUGUGUACCUAUUAAAUAUCUAGAAGAAUUGCAUAAAUUGCACGAGGAGUGGUUGAUUAAUAAUCCAGCUUUUAAUAAAAAGGUCGUUGUCCUAAAUGCCAAUUUAGAUUUGGAGCACAUAGGUUCCGAAUAUAAACGUUAUGAAAAUCACAUUAUAAAUCCUGCAUUUACACAACAACAACAAGCCGUUUUAGUAUCACCCAGUAAGCGUCCUCAUAUGGAAUGA